CAGGAGCGACGUUAUUUCUCAGCGGUGUGUACUGUACCCAUGCCUGUAGCUCGCAACAUGCGCCUGCUUGGUGGGUAUCAUACCAAGAGUAAGGCUGGCAGGGAGUGAUCAUGAUUGGCAUGGGAAUGGAAUCCUUACUGGCUGAUGCUAGAACUUCUAUUUACUUUCAUGGCCCUUGAGAUACCUGUACAGUACCCGUACUUAAGCAGACGCGUCUUCCCCUCCGAGAGUUCCUGGUUCCAUAUUGCGAACAUUCAAUCGCAACCAAGACACAAUCACCAACCACUUCCGCUGCAAAUCCGAUAUCCCGGCAAACAAAACAUUUCAACCUUGGACUCCCCUCUUGUGUCUCCCCCCCCGAGAAAAAGCCGAGUUGCCCCACAGCCACAUCUGAUCACGAAAAUCAAUACACACUCCCACCCCGGGGAAGGAUAAUAAUAAUAAUAUAAUACAGCCUCUCCCUCCCUCCCGGGUCAUCGAUAACGAAGGGUGAAGAGCCACAUACAUAAUUUCUCGAAAUCGAGAAUUGAGUUGUCUCCAUCUCUUAUCAUCCCACCUCGGUCGAUCUUUUCAUUUCUAUCGCGGCAUGUCGAUCCGAUUUGGACGAAGUGGUAAGCUUAACACAGCGGUUUUUUCUUUCCCUUUUUUUUUUUGGUCUUUUCCCACAAAAUUUGGUGGACUUGUGCUUAUUGCUUCUCAACCAUUUAGGAAAUGGGUACGAUAGCUCUGAAGUCAUGGAGACUGAGGACGACGAUUGGCGCAAGGUGACAGACUUGAACGAGCGUCGCAAGAUCCAAAAUCGCUUGGCUCAAAGAAACUACCGUGAGCACCCUCAUCAUAUUCACUAGUGUCAGAUUUUGGCACAGUGGUCCGGCGGGUAUUUUGAGCUGAAAAGUUAUCCUGCCCUAUGCCUUUUAGGUCGAAAACUGCGUCAGCGUCUAGAAGAACUUGAGAGACAGGCUGGAAAGAAUAGUGGCCCAUCCACCUCAGUAUCCAGCAAGAAGAGAGCGAAGCAGCCGACAUCUGGAGCAGGCACUAUCACUGAAACAUCGAUAGUGCCUGGGGAUCGCACCGGCUCUGGUCCAAGCCGUGGAGAGUCGUCCCACACCCCCCAUGGAGCGGCGGAUACAGAGGGCCGCUUCUCGACGAUUGACUCCCUCCUCUCACCUCCGAGUGUGUCUGGUGGGUCUGAGGAUAGCAGCACCUCUGCCUCCUCUCGUGGGGUCUACACCAGUGAUUUUAGCCCUUUGCUGCUACGACCAACGGCUAGAUCUUCGGAAAACACUUAUCCAAUCUGGCAAAACCCAUCACAGCUUCAGUACCCCGAGCCCCCAAAUUACGGCUCGAGUCAGUCAUACAUUGCGAACACCCCCGAGUACCCUCCUACCACCGGUGUUCCUGCUCCUUCGGUGUCUCCAACGCCGACCCAUCAACAACUGCAAGCGUACACCCCCCCUCGAAUCAACCAUUCGUUGUCUGCACCGCUAACUGACUCCCUCCUCCUUUCUCAAGAUUCGAAUACGAGCAGUAUCUAUCGACCCAAUGUCCGCCAAACUACCCAUAUUGAGACACCAGACCAAGCGGAAUUUCCAACCCUAUCACCAACCUAUUCGCCUAACCCAAUCACUAACCCGAACCCGAACUCUUUGCACUCGAACCCAACAAUGCCUCGAGACGAUUUCUAUCUGACUCUCAAUCACUCCAAACUCUUCAACGCAACAAUGACGAUUGGCAAGAUCCUGAACGUUAAUAGGUUAGAAAUGCUUCAGGGCGACACACCACCACCAUUCGUGCGAGAGACCAUAGAAGAAUCGCUGUUCAGAACCCCGCAUGACCCUUCUGAUCUCCAGCGAACAAAGAUGCAAAAGGAGAUUCAGCAUCACCCUUACAUCGACGUUGUGCCCCUUGGGGGCUUUCGUGACAUGCUGCUCGGGUAUGUUCAAAAGGGAGAGGAGACAGGAGAUUAUGCGGACGAGGUCGACAUUUGCAAUGAAAUGCAUGAGAGCUAGGGUGUUGGGGGAGAAUGUCCAUGGGGAGGGCGAAGCUGGGAGAUUGGCGAAGCUUUCGCUAGGUGAGAAGAAUCCGCUUUUAUUGUUGUAUUUCUUUCUUGUGACGAGUUUCAUUUGUCUGGAGUAAUUUUUUUUGUCUUUUCCUCUCCUCUCCUCGACGAAUGGCAUGUGUAUGAGGUUGGUGUACAUUCUCCUGUAUAUUUCUUUGCUUAGUUUCGUUCAUUUCCCCCUUAAAUUCAUUGUUUUCAACGGGGUUUUUCUUAAAAAAUAAUGGCUGCAUUUGCACGCUAGUUCCACCUAAUUUUUUUAUUCCAUCGUUUCUUCCGCUGGUUAUAUUCUCUCAAUCCUUUGUCUUUUUUUCCCCUAAUAUCCUUUCCUUUGCGAUUUCGUUUAUGUGAUAGUCAAACGGUAGGCUCUCUCUUUAUAAGCCAACAGCUGACGGAGGGAAACCGAAAGGGAAUAUCGGUUCCUUAUGGACGACGAGAUAACCCCUGCUAACUGGUGGCGACGGCAAAGGGGCCCGGGGCCGCUCCCAGUCUAAGGAAAAGUACUAGGAGAAGUCAAAUGAAUGGUUCAUGGCCAUACCCAAGCUCCACAAAAACGCAAUGGGGUGGCGGCGGUAGGCUCUGGCAUCGUGAAACUUCGAGAGGACGUCUGGCGGGGGAUUGUUUAGCCGGUCCCAAGCCUCAUACCGUGUUAGUGGUAGGCAGGAAAGGGGAGAGAGCAUUCGUUGUGUAUAUAUGGAAUUUUUUGUUGAUAGUCCAUUUCUAGUAUAUAGUAACUCUGUUGCACACUGGAUAUUCCCCCCAAAAGGUGAUCCAAUCCUUCCCCCCCUUUCUCCACCCGCCCGGUCUACAAGCGAACGAAAAAGUGAGCAAACAAACAAUAAUUCCCAAUCGGUCCACCGGGGAAGCGGGUGGAGGUAUGGACCAUCCAAGUCGGCUGCGGUUCCUGAUACUUUUCCAGUACGUAACGCCAGUCACUGUGCGGUACGGCCUCAGAUUACCUGCUUUGGCUGUUAUCUGUAA